AUGGCAACCAGAAUAAUUCGAAAGGGGAUUUCGCUGGCGGUUCGAGGGCUAGGGAGUAAUAUGGAAGGUGUUGAUCGAGAAGUUACACUUAGAACUGCGUAUCAAAAUGUUGCGCAAAAGGUCUUUGAAUGUACUACGGCUAAUGGGCGCGAUAAACAGGAUGUGGAGUUACUUCCUGUGUCUAAACUAAAGCCUGCGACUGAUUUGGAGAUUCUCUACAAGCACGAGGGAGUGAGGCACUUUGGUGAGAACUAUGUUCAGGAACUUGUGGGCAAGGCGGCUGUUCUGCCACGCGAUGUGAAAUGGCACUUCAUCGGGUCGCUGCAGACCAACAAGUGCAAGCAGCUUGCGAGAAUUGAGAAUCUGUAUGCUGUGGAGACAGUUGAUUCGCUUCAGAAGGCCAAGAAGCUGGCAGAGGCACGUGCCAAGUAUUGUCCUGAGGCAGAGGCUAUUCGCUGUAGCAUAGAGAUCAAUACUUCUGGCGAGGAGCAGAAAGCGGGCCUUAGUGAAGAGGCGGAUAUUCUUGAGGUCGUCGAGUUCUUUCUCUCAGGCGAUUCCAAGCAUGUGAUUUUGCAUGGUCUCAUGACAAUUGGCUCGUGGGAUGCUUCACAUGGAGAGGCUGAAGAGAAUAAGGACUUUGCGAAGCUAGUUGAGUGGAAGAAGAAACUGGACAGUAAGUAUCGGCUCGACUUGAAGCUAUCUAUGGGAAUGAGCGCAGAUUAUGCGCAGGCAAUUAAACAGGGUUCGAAUGAAAUUAGAGUUGGCGUAGGCAUAUUCGGUGCCCGGCCUCCAAGAAAAGCAUAG